GGGUGGCCCGCGCCGCGCCCCGCUGAGUGCUCGGCCGUCGCCGCCGCCGCCCCGCGUCCCCCGCGCCCCGGCUCUCGGGCACCGGGGGCAGGAGCCGAGGGGAGCACCCCGCCGGCGCCGAGCCUAAAAUGGCCACGCUGCUCCGCAAAAUCGGGCUCAUCCGCCUGCACAACCGGGACACCGAGGACCCCAAGCACCACCACAACCACCGCGGCGGCGGCGGCCAGCAGAGCGCGUCGCUGCGCGGCAAGGGCGGCGCCAAGAGCGGCGGCCACAAGCAGCAGCAGCAGCAGCAGCAGCAGCAGCACCCCCCCGGGGGCGCGGGCGACGCGAGCCCCGGGCCCGGCAAGGGCAAGGGCAAGCGCGCGGCGGAGCCGACCCCGCGCGACAAGCCGCCGCAGCCGGCCGCGGGGGCGGCGGGGGCGGCGGGCGCCGGGGGCCCCCGGGAGCGGGCGGCGGGCGCCAGGGCGGGGCCGGGCCCGGCGGCGGCGGCGGUGGCCGCGGGCGGCAGCCUGGUCCCCGCGGCGCGCCAGCAGCACUGCACGCAGGUGCGCAGCCGGCGGCUCAUGAAGGAGCUGCAGGACAUCGCGCGCCUCAGCGACCGCUUCAUCUCCGUGGAGCUGGUGGACGAGAGCCUCUUCGACUGGAACGUGAAGCUGCACCAGGUGGACAAGGACUCCGUGCUGUGGCAGGACAUGAAGGAGACCAACACCGAGUUCAUCCUGCUCAACCUCACCUUCCCCGACAACUUCCCCUUCUCGCCGCCCUUCAUGCGGGUGCUCAGCCCGCGCCUGGAGAACGGCUACGUGCUGGACGGCGGCGCCAUCUGCAUGGAGCUGCUCACGCCGCGCGGCUGGUCCAGCGCCUACACCGUGGAGGCCGUCAUGCGCCAGUUCGCCGCCAGCCUGGUCAAGGGCCAGGGGCGGAUCUGUAGAAAGGCCGGCAAAUCAAAAAAGUCCUUCAGCCGCAAGGAAGCCGAAGCUACCUUCAAGAGUUUGGUGAAGACGCAUGAGAAGUACGGCUGGGUGACCCCGCCCGUGUCCGACGGCUGACGCGCCGGACGUGCGGGAGACGCUCCAGCCACCUGUCCACUCACACGAGUUCCCAACAUCUCCUCCUCAACACCGAGCAUCCUCACCCUUUUCUACUCCAGCCGGAACUGAAUCCCGAAUGCCAAGGAGACGUUUAAGUUAUUGAUGAACAGAUGUGUUUACAGGGAGAGCGAGGGAGCCAGCACCGUUCGGGAUUAGGUUCGACUGUCAACGAGCAGCCAUCUCGACGUCACUUUAGAACCGAUGCUGAGGUGGUGACAUUCCCCAGCCCGCCUGCCCCCCCCCACCCCGCCCACCCCUCACACGGCCCUUGGCUUCUUCCCAGACAGCAGCUCCGAGGAGCAGGCAGGAGCCCCAGGGCCCCGCUGCUCGACCCACUUACCAUACACGGCACGUUCCCACGUACCAGGAACGCCCCGCCUCGCUGUGCUCUGUGUCUCUGUUGCUCUCCCUGGCAGGUCGACCUAACCUGGAGACGUGUCUCCCUGUGGCCCCAUGUGACAUGUAGACCUCAUUCGUGCUAUGACCUUUGGCUCCUGAAAACACAAAUUUCAUAUCGCCAGGUUCUCGUGAUUUAAAACAGCGACUGCCGCGUUGGUGAACAUGGGGUCCCCGUGCGACACGCUGGGCCCGGUAUGGAAGGCAGGGCUGCUGCGGCCGCCGUGGGCUCCCUGGGGCUCCGCAGAGGGACAGCCCCCUUGGUACUCCGAAACGCUCCUACGACUCCACAUUUGUGUUUCUGUCUCUUCCCGGUGGGUCAACCCACCACCACAAGCGAGAGACACUUCCCCGUUCCCUGAAUCAUCGGACUCAUGUUACUCUCUGUGCUAGUGACAGGGAAUGCCAGAACUGCCAAAGGACACCACGUGAUGGUCCGAGGGCUUGCAUGACCGGGUCUGUCCCUCACCCUCCCGUCACUUGUGUCCCCGGGGGCUGGGCUGUGUGAUGCGUGAACACCCUCGCUGUCAUAGCAACUCGCCGUUAUUCCUUCACCCACAUGUUCAUUUUUCUCUUCUGUUAAGUUACUUAGAACUUUCUAAGAAACUCCAUGAAGUGAGGAAGCACGGUUUAUAACAAUACGUGGGAAGAGGUAAAAAUGUUCAUCCCAGGUGGAAAACCUUAUUGGACACAUUUUAAAUAAAAUCAUGCAUAUCUGA